UUAAGACCCUACGUGGUUCCAAAAACAAUAUAAUGACGCAAUGCUCUUGAAUUAUCUCCUAUAGACACAUUUCCAUGACCCACCAUUAUUUUAAUUCUUUAGUUCAACAAGAAAGGAAGCAAUCAAAAAAAGCAUGAUAGUUUGGAAGCUAACAGAAAUUUCAUGUUUGAUGAAGAAGAAGCAUAAUUGAGUUGAAAGUGUGAAACUUUAACCAACCAAAGAGGUUUUGGAAAAAUGGGUUCAUCUUGUUUUUUCUUAAUAUGUGUUCUUCAUUCAACAAUAGCUUUAACAUGUGGAUCAUUGAUGGUUUUUUACUCCAAGGAGAUACAUGUCUUAGGACAUGGAUCAAAGACAGCAAUUAACCUUCAAGGGUCAACUCCACAUGAUCAGUUGUUGAUUCAAACAUCAGAUUCCUUCUCUGGAUUGUUGUUGUUCACUAUUGGAUUUCUUGUGUUCAUGGUUGCUUGUGUUAAGGACAUGGAGUUUCAGAGUUUCUUUGCUAAAGGGUGUGUGUUGCUUCAUAUUUCUAUGGCUGUUUGGAGAUUUUACUUUGUAGGUAAGGUUGAAGAUCUUGCUUGUGAUUGUUUAAGACAUGUUGUUGGGGAUAUUGCUUUGGCUAUUUCUUGGGUUUUUUUUCUUGUUUAUGUAUGGAGGGAGAAAUAUGAUUAGUAGUAGUUAGUUACUUAAAGUGAAAUGUAAAUUUUGUGGGGUGGUUUAUAGAAAUAACAUAUGAGUACAAUUUUAGUGUAAAUUUUUGUUGUGCUUUGCAUCCAUAGUAUUGAUCAAAUGUGUUUGUUUGCUUAUGAUUUUUGAGUAAUGUUUCAAGAAGCUAAAUUUUUAAA